AUGCAUGUUGGAGCCCGCAGGACACCAGACGGGCGUGUUGAGCCCCCGCCCCCGACAACCCAGCAUGCACCUGUUGAGCCACCGGUACCACGUCGGACCGGCGUGUUGAGCCCCCGGUACCUCUUCGGACCGGCAUGUUCAGCCCCCACACCCCAGCAUGCGCAUGUUGAGCCCCCGGUACCUUGUCUGACCGGUGUGUUCAGGCCCCCGACACCCCGGCUUGCGUCUGUUGAGCCCCUGCCCCCGACAACCCAGCAUGCACCUGUUGAGCCACCGGUACCACGUCGGACCGGCGUGUUGAGCCCCCGGUACCUCUUCGGACCGGCAUGUUCAGCCCCCACACCCCAGCAUGCGCAUGUUGAGCCCCCGGUACCUUGUCUGACCGGUGUGUUCAGCCCCCGACACCCCGGCUUGCGUCUGUUGAGCCCCUGGUACCUCGUCGGACUGGCGUGUUAUGCCCCCACACCCCUGCAUGCGCGUGUUGAGCCCCCGGUAGCUCGUCGGACCGGCGUGUUAUGCCCCCACACCCCUGCCUGCGCCCCGCAGGACACCAGACGGGCGUGUCGAGCCCCCGGUACCUUGUCUGACCGGUGUGUUCAGCCCCCGACACCCCGGCUUGCGUCUGUUGAGCCCCCGGUAGCUCGUCGGACUGGCGUGUUAUGCCCCCACACCCCUGCCUGCGCGUAUUGA